UUUGAAAAAAGUAUUAAAAUAUGAACCCCAGAAUUGUCGGCCGAUUGGCUCAGCAAGUUCGACGGUACAGUUACAAACCGGUUCGACGAGUGCCGUUGCCACCGGCAAGCAAAACGACGGCGCCGGAUGUGAAACCAGCCGAUGGCUUCCAGCUUGCUAACGAGCUCCGCUCGCGGAUAGCUGCCGGUGGCCCGAUUCCGAUUGCAACGUACAUGAAACAGGUACUUACGAAUCCGGCGGCCGGGUACUACAUGACCGCAGAUGCGGUCUUCGGACGGAAGGGUGACUUCAUUACGUCCCCGGAGAUUGGGCAGGUUUUCGGCGAAGUCCUGGCGGUGUGGAGUUUGAACGAGUGGCACAAGUUUGGCCGGCCGGUUCCGUUCCAGCUGGUUGAGCUCGGGCCCGGUAAGGGUACGAUGAUGAGCGAUGUGCUGAGGGUGUACGGAAAGUUUAAAGUAACGGCUGGACUGACGGUGCAUCUGGUGGAAAUGAGCGAACGGCUGAGUAAGGUUCAGGCUAGUUUGUUGUGUCGUAGCAGUGCCGAGUGUGGUGAUAAGGGUUACUAUCGGUCGGGCGUGACGGCCGAUGGGGUGAAGGUGUACUGGUACCGACGGUUGGAAGAUGUUCCGCAGGGGUUUUCGCUGAUAUUUGCGCAUGAGUUUUUCGAUGCACUGCCGAUUCAUAAGUUUGUGAAAGAGGGUGACGCCUGGAAGGAGGUUUUGAUCGAUGUUGACCCAGAGGAGGGGGAGAAGUUUCGGUUCGUUGCUUCGAAAGCCGAUACGCCGAUGUUGCGAUUGUUUCUGAACAGCUACUGUUCGGAAGCGAUUAAAGAGCGGGAUCACGUGGAAAUGUCGUUCGAAUCGGAGGCUGUAAUUCAGGAGAUUGGUAGCCGGCUCAGUUCGAACGGUGGACUGGCGCUGAUAGUGGACUAUGGGCACUUGGGCGACAAGGGGGACACUUUUCGGGCUUUUCGACAUCACAAACUGCACGAUCCGCUGGUGGAACCCGGCUGUGCCGAUCUGACGGCGGAUGUGGAUUUCUCACUGCUGAAGUUGUUUUGCGAACGCACGGGAAAGAUUUUCACCGUUGGACCAACCAGUCAGCGGGCCUUCCUGGAGAUGGCAGGUGCCCGGGAGCGGCUGGAGGUGCUACUAGCUGCCGCUAGUAGUGAGGAGGAGAAGCAUCGGCUGACCGAUGGGUUCCGGAUGCUUACGGAUGACGAUCAGAUGGGCAGUAGGUUUAAAUUUUUUGCUUUGCUUCCAAUGGAACUGAAACAGAUGUUUAAGAAAUAA